AUGAUCCAGGACAAGGCUCUCCGUACCUCCUGGGCACAGAAAAUGAAGGAGAGGCAGGAGAGGAAGCUGGUCCGGGAUCUGGCACGGCAGCUGGAAGAAGGGAAGAAGAGGGAACGAGAGGAAAAGAAGCGUCGGAGGGAGGAGAACCUGAAGCGGCGCCUGGAAAACGAGCGGAAGGCCGAGAUUGUCCAAGUGAUCCGGAACCCCCUGAAGCUCAAGAGAGCCAAGAAGAAGCAGCUGAGGCGUGUGGAGAAACGGGACACACUGGCUCUGCUCCAGAAGACACCU